UCUUUUACAUCUCUCUGUUUCCACGGUUGAACAAGAAAAUGGGGAGCUCAAAUGUAGCAAUGACCUGUCUUUCUCUAGUCUUGUGCAUGGUUUUCGUUCCAAGCUUGGCCACGGUUUACACUGUUGGUGAUACUUCUGGCUGGACAACUGGUGUCGAUUACACCGUAUGGACUAAAGAUAAGACCUUCAAAGUUGGCGAUUCCCUCGUUUUCAAUUACCCAACAAGCCAUACAGUGGACGAGGUAAGUUCCGGCGACUACAGCUCAUGCACGGUGGGCAAUUCAAUCACGACGGACAACACCGGCGCCACCACCGUGGCUCUCAAGACUGCCGGGACUCAUUACUUCAUUUGUGGUGUUCUCGGGCAUUGCGGGAACGGCAUGAAGCUUGCAGUCAAAGUGGAGUCUGGCUCACCAUCUUCCUCCGGUGAUAAGCCAUCAACAACCACGCCGCCUACUACGACUACAUCGACGACGUCGACUAAGUCCCCAGCGGAUACCUCGUCUUCAUGGAAUGUUUCCCCAUUUAUGGUUGUUGUAAUAACUUGGGUUGCAUUGUUUGUGAUGGUUAUUUCGUAAAACUUUGGGGUUUGCCUUGGGUCAGGAUAGAGGCAGUGCUAUUUUCCUUUGUUUAACAUGGGUUGUAUUCUGGAUUAUUGCGUAUCUUUAUGAAUGAAGAGGUUAUCUUUUCA